GCUUAAAUCUUCUCACUAAAUGUUUAUCCAUGUGCUCUUGUAGAGUUGGCUGGAACAGCCUGAAUUUACCUGUUUGUGUGAUUCAGCCCUUGUGAGGAGGUUGCAAUCUGUGCAGCUGAGCCACAUUAACCUACAUUUUCCAAGGUUUUAAACAGCCUUCAGUGCAAAAUCAGCCAGGCUGGCUUCACUUGCCUGAGAAGGACGAAGCACUAUUUCAGUGUCCUCACUGCUAAGAUGUCAACAAGGGUAUAAAUGUGUGUGGUCAUCUAAUACAAUGCUUUUUGUGAUGCAAAUGGCCAGCUGUUUGGAGUGGAACUGAAAUUGCCUAGACAUUUUACACAACCUCUGACAAAUAAUUUGUUGGAUGUCACGUCUUUGAGUUGGAGCCCUCUCAGUUGGUUUACCAAUAACUGAACAUGAAAGCUUGUACAUCUGACUACUGAAACCCUGAGUCAUUCUAUCCUUUAAUUAAAGCACGUUCUUUUAAUAUGUUCCUCUUGCUUAAAAUUAUAUGAGAAUGAUUUCCUAGAGGAAAAUGCCUAAUGAAUGCACUUCUAUUUAGUAUUUUCUAUAGAUUAGCUAAAUAAGGGGGAAAGCUUGAACUAUCUCGGGUAUGUCAGGCAGUUGCAGGGGAUACAUACGUCAACCUCAAACAUGAUUUAUCUUGCAUGCCUUUUCUGACAGUUGUAAUUUAACGGCUGUAUUUUCCUCCAGGCUCUCAGGAGGCUGAACAUCUUUUCAAGUUUCUAGCUUUGUGGUGGAAGAGUCAAUGUCUGUUUGCCAGUGUAAUUUAUCUGAGUCAUUCUGGGAGAGGCGUGGAGCAAUUGAAGCAUGACGAUUAGCAUAAAUAAGGACUCUCCUCCUGAGGGUAGUGUUACUCUUACCUUGUUUCAGAGGAAAGCAGCCUCCCCAUAACGACUGCUACUGCUAAUUGAAUUGUGUGAUGCUAUGAACUAAAAGACCUAAUGCAUUAAGCUCUGGUCUAUUGUGAUAUUCUUUUGCAUUUCAGUUUGAGGUGGAGUUAACAGAGCAAGGAAGGAAGAGCAACAGUGGGUUAUCAGGAAUCACCCUUUCACGUUCGCUGGGGGCUGCUGUUUCUGAGUGCGUGCAGGAGUGCCGGCCGGCUGCGGGCGCGAGCUGCAGGCAGCCACCGGGUUUGUGCUCGGCGUCACCGUCCGGCGGCCGCGGGGGAAGCGGCGCCCAGCCUGGCACCAUGAGCUCCGGCACCAGCGCCCCGGUGAAGGUGGUCAGCAGCCUCGCCAACACUGAUGUCAACUAUGUCAUCAAAGAGCACUAUAAUUACACGGGAAAGCUAAAUGAGAAUGCGGACAGUGGAAUAAAAGUGACGUCGGUGGUUUUUAUCAUCAUUUGCUGCUUUAUAAUCUUAGAGAACAUUUUCGUCUUGCUCACCAUCUGGAAAACCAAGAAAUUUCACAGACCAAUGUACUAUUUCAUUGGGAACUUGGCUCUUUCAGACUUGCUGGCUGGUGUGGCUUACACUGCCAACCUCCUGCUCUCUGGACACAAAACCUAUAGCCUCACCCCCUCCCAGUGGUUUGUAAGAGAAGGCAGCAUGUUUGUUGCCUUGUCUGCUUCUGUGUUCAGUUUGUUGGCCAUUGCCAUCGAGAGAUACAUCACCAUGUUGAAGAUGAAGCUCCACAAUGGCAGCAACAGCUUCCGCUCCUUCUUGCUGAUCAGUGCUUGCUGGGUUAUCUCCGUGAUACUCGGGGGACUCCCGAUUAUGGGAUGGAACUGCAUCAGCCUCUUGUCCAACUGCUCCACCGUGCUGCCUCUCUACCACAAGCACUAUAUUCUCUUUUGCACCACAGUUUUCACUGGCCUUUUGCUAUCUAUUGUUGUCCUCUAUUGCAGGAUCUACUCCAUGGUGAGGACUAGGAGCCGUAGGCUGACAUUUCGAAAAAACAUUACCAAAGCUACCAGGAGCUCAGAAAAGUCACUAGCGUUGCUCAAGACAGUGAUCAUAGUUCUGAGUGCCUUCAUUGCCUGCUGGGCUCCCUUGUUCAUCCUGCUUUUACUGGAUGUGGGCUGUAAAGUGAAGACCUGCCCAAUCCUAUAUAAAGCAGAGUAUUUCUUAGUACUGGCCGUGCUCAAUUCAGCCACGAACCCUAUCAUCUAUACGUUAACAAACAAAGAAAUGCGGAGGGCUUUCAUCAAGAUUUUGUGCUGCUGCAAAUGUCCCCCAGCAGAUUCGGGGACCAAAUUCAAGAGGCCUAUCAUCGGAGGGAUGGAGUUCAGCAGGAGUAAGUCUGACAACUCCUCCCACCCACAGAAGGAGGAAGGUGACCAUCCUGAAACCAUCAUGUCUUCAGGCAAUGUUACGUCAUCUUCUUAGGAGUAACCGUGGAGGUGUAUUCCAGAGCCUUCCUCUGAAAUCGGGGAGCUGAGGCGCCUCCUGCUCACUGCGUCAGCGCUGGGCCAAGUGAGCGAGUAGCAUUAGUUCUAAUGAGGCAAACGGUGCACUUGUGAGGCUGGAGUUCAAGAAAUGGGACAGACUGUUCUGGCUUGAAAAUCUUUUUCCCUGGAGCAUGUUUUGUCUUUGCACUGAGGCAGCUCAGGAUUGUCAGGCGCAUUCAUAUCCUGAAAUCUCCUUAGUAACUCUGAAAGACUGAUGCCUUGGUGAAAUGAUGCCUGGUGUGUGUGAGAGAAAGAAAGUGGGGGAGGAGGAGGGAAAGGGAGAAUGAACCUUUUUUUUUUUUUCCCUGUGAGAAGAAUGUGAAGUUAUUUUUCCUUUACUUGCAGCAAACCACUGACACAAAGGUCUUUCUGUACUGAGUUUAGCAGUGGCUCUGGUAUAGUUGGUCAGAAGUGUUUGUUUAACAUAUAACAAGGGAAGAGAUCACACAAAUAUAAUUUAGAGCACGUACAACCAUAAUUCGGCAUCACUUUCCAGAGUUUUUAGAAAAGUAGUAAGGUGUUAUUUGCAGAGUCCAAAGCUGUUGGGAUUUAGCGAGAUCAUAGCUGUGAAUUUUUGUUGUUGGUCCGUGUUACAUUUGAAGACCAAGAGCCAGACAGACUUGGCAGUUAUGUCCACCUAUACGAUUCUGUUGACUGCGUCAGUUUUUGUGGAGUAGCUCGGAGCAGCGUUUGGCUCCCGAUGUUGUUUGCCAUGUUGUUAUUAGCAUUAAACAAACUGCAUUAUCAUGACAAAUGCAUGGUAGAACUAAAGGUCAUUUCUGUUCAAGGUGACUGAGAGUAAAUCUAACAGUGUAAGAUACCAUUGACAACAGCAGCAUUUUUGCUGAAGUAAAAAGAGCUAAAAACUGAAGGUCAGUGUCAGGUGCACAGUGUUUCCAAAGGUAAAGAUUGGUCAGAAAAUCUGAAAAGAACACCUUGAGUUUCAGAAAAAUACACGGAGAGUUGAAGCAAAAUGGCUAUAGAUAAAUGCACUUCCAUAACAAAAUGCAAUACAUUUUGGCACAUUGUAUUCACGUUUAUAGUUUCAGCAAAGAUGUCUGUAUUUUAUCAGUUUGUGGAAGAAGUACCUAUCAUUAAAUUGAAUGUAUUUGUUUUACAGCGUCAUUUUUACUCCUCUGUUUUUCUAACCUGUGCUAAUGGGUUUGAAUGUGUACAAUGUAAAUAAGUUAAUAUGAUGCAGGAGUCUUCAUGCACCUAGAGUAUUACUGUAAUAAAAGUGGUAUAUCUGGGAUAGCUGAGAGCAAUUGACUGAUUUACAGUUACUGGCAACUCCUAGAAGUGCUAUAUUGUAAAGAAAAUUUAUUGCCUUUGUAGUAAAAUUUCCAGUGCAAUUAAACUGUUUUUUUUUUCCUGGUUUAAAAAAUAGUAUUUAAAAUGUUCCUGACUUUUAUUGUUCAAUUUGCACAUAGCUUUAUUGACUUCUAAACAUUAAUAAACUGAUUUUUUUUAAAA